AUGGACAUUUCGCAGAUAUUCUCCGAAUCAGAACGUGGAAAAAAAUCAGGAUGGGAGAGCUGCAAUCCGUUGUCCUCCGAGCCUCCGAGCCAUUCCAAACUCGAAAACAAAGAGAAUGAAUAUGCCUUGCUGAGCGAGGAAGUCUUCGAGCAACCUCAAUAUGUAGAAGUCUUCAACUUAUGUGUGGAGCCCUCGGAAGUGCAGGCACUGGAAAGUCUGAUCGAAAAGCUGACGGAGGAUCCUUCACUCCUCUACGAUCCAAAGCUCAAAUUCUUCAAGGAAGAGCCCGAAGAGCCUGAAGAACCUGAGGAACCGGAUCCAGAGAGGUCCGGAGAGCUGGAUUUGAGCGACGAUCAACUUGACAAGCAAGGAGAGCUGAAGCAGGCGGCUGCAGAAGCUCUGGAAGAUGGCGAUUUGUCCAAAGCCUUGGAGAAGAUGACCCAGGCUUUCGAGAUUGGCAACGUCUCCGCCAUGAUGUCGAAAUCCCGGCAGGGAAGAGGGACCAUGCUGUUUUUGGGAUGGUUUGCCAAACGUGCAGAGGUGCUUUUGAAACUGAAGAGACCGUGCGCCUGCAUUGCUGGAGACCUAAGACGCAGCAAGGCCCUCGCCAUGGGUCAGUGUGCUCCAUAUUUCUACUGCGGUUCCAGCUUCGCCCACGAAGUGAAGAACCACGAUGGAGGUUCUCACAUGGUUUCGAAGCAGCAGCUGGAGGAAGGCCUCGCACGCUUCAAUCAGGUGGGUGCGAUUUCCGCCCAGUCUAUCCGGAAUGGACCGGAGGCCUGGAAACAUGCCUUCAGCAUAGCAGCGGGCUUGCUGAGGGGCGUGCACCAACAUGUGCCUCGAGUUGUUAGGAGUGUCGACUUUGCGGAGGGCACUGACUGCACACCUCACUACUCGAAACUGCCCAGCGGAGGGAAAGACGUCUUGGCCACACUUUGCGUGAAACUCUCGCAAAAAGAGGUUUAUGGCGAAAUUGCUACCCGCUCGCGGAUUGGUGCUUACUUGCGUCUAAACGAGGAGGUUAUUUUUUCCAUUCUCCGGCUGCCAACGAAUCUCAGUGAAUCUCCUUUGGUUGUCGAAGUCUAUGGCUUUGAUUUUACCAGCUUGCCAGAGAUUGUCAGACUUCGUCAGCAUCUGAAGCAGGUGCUUGGUCCGGAGUAUUCGCGGAAGAGUGCAGUGGAGUGGUAUGAAAAAUACAAGGAUGAUUUUUGCCCGUUGAAGGAUUCCAAAUUGCGGAGGAUCCUGGCGUCAGUAUUUGAAGUGGGGAUGCAUACCUCGCUGUUGCUCCCUGAGUGGGCAAUCGGCAGAGCUUUGUGGGGGAUGCUGAACAUCACAACACGCUCGUACAACAGAUUCGAAUUCUGGGAUGAAGGUCGGAAUGGCAUCAGAGUCACCGUACGCUGUCCGUCUCUGACGGACCCAGAUGAUGUUGAAUGUUUACAAAACACCCGCGACCUCUUUGAGUUGCAAAGUGCCACCGCGGGCGAUCGGCGCAUUGGAGAGAGGUUUUCCACCUCGGCCUACAAUAUCGGUUCCAUGAGCUUUGGCCGACCGCUUGGACAUUCAGGUGCAAAGCCAGCUGUGAUCGCCAAAGUGUUCUCAGCAGCCAGCAAAUGGGGUCCUGGUAGGUCGGGAUGGCAGAGCUACGAUGACACGUGGGAGUGCACGGACCUGAAAGAUCACCUUGGGAAUGUGAUCGAGGAGCAAGGCCGAACGAUCUGGAUCACUCCUGGUGCUGGCCGAAUCCCUUCCACACCGAGACAACGAGAGGACAUGAUUUCUACAGAGGUUGACAGAGCAGACAACGAGGCAGUGCCGUCCAAAGCGAAGAUGUGGCUUUUACCAACACUACUUUUGCUGGCAAUGACUUGCUUGCUCAUGUCAAUCCUCUCAUCCUUUUCCCGUAUGGCCUCCGCAUGAGCCUUUUGAACAAAGUGGAUGAUGUGGUUGGGGAUAUUUUCGAAGAAUCCUAG